GCAUCAAAAUUGGAUCUUCCUUGCAAAUUUAUACACACAGCACAUUAUCCAAAAUCCAAGUUAGAGUUAUCAGUAUAUCUUCAGUAAUGUCGUAUUUUACUAUGAACACAUCCUCUCCGGCGACAUUAUCGCAUCUCCACCGGAAUUCGCAUUUCUUUGGCAAACCUACGACUUCUACAUCAUCUGCUGUCUUCUCGGACUUCCGUUUUACUUCUCCCAGGUUGUAUUGGCAAAGAAUCAAUUAUGAAAAAACUAGAUCAUGUACAUUUUUGUGUGCGACUGUCAAGGUCAAAGAAGUUUCUUCCAUAACAUCAAAUGAUGCAGUGAAGGAACCACAUAAAUAUUUUGAUCAUGUCAUCAUAACUGUCUGUGCUGGUGAUGGAGGCCAUGGUGCAGUUCUUAAAAUUCCCAACCAAAAGGCUCCUUCAAAUAAGUACGAUAAUAAAGUGGGGAAUUCGAGGAAGAAAACUUCGUUCAAGAGGGAUAGUGAUGGAUCUAUUAUACUUCCCUUUGGAGGACAUGGAGGUGAUGUUGUUAUUUAUGCAGAUGAGGGUAAAGAUACGUUGCUAGAGUUCCACAAGCAAGGGAAAUUCAAAGCAAAGCGUGGAGGGAAUGUCAAUUCUAUGGGUGUUUUUAACACUCAUAUACGGGAUGGAUCUGCUGCUCCUACACUGCGAAUACCUGUCCCUCUAGGUACUGUCGUAAAACGAAAGCGAGGGAAACUUUUAGCUGAUCUUGCUAAUCCCGGUGAUGAGGUUCUUGUGGCAAGGGGCGGACAAGGAGGGAUUAGCCUAUUAGAGACGUCAGAUCAAAGGAAAAGAAAGAUGACACCAUUAACCCCAAACAUAAUGAGAGAUGAAAGCGAUAAGGUUUUAGUCCUUGGUCAAGCAGGGGAAGAAGUUAGUUUAGAAUUGAUACUCAGAGUGGUUGCAGAUGUUGGUCUGGUGGGACUUCCAAAUGCAGGAAAAUCUACACUUUUAUCUGUUAUCACACUUGCUAAGCCAGACAUUGCUGACUAUCCCUUUACAACCCUGAUGCCAAACCUUGGACGCCUUGAUGGUGACCCUUCUUUAGGUGCAGCUAUGUAUUCAUCUGAAGCAACAUUGGCAGAUCUGCCGGGUCUUAUUGAAGGUGCUCAUUUGGGAAAGGGUUUGGGUCGUAAUUUUCUUAGGCAUUUGCGAAGGACUCGGUUACUGGUCCAUGUUGUUGAUGCUGCGGCGGAGGACCCCGUGAAAGAUUACAAAACAGUUAAAGAAGAACUGCGGAUGUAUAAUCCUGAUUAUCUUGAAAGACCAUAUAUUGUGGUCUUAAAUAAAAUUGAUCUUCCUCAGGGAAGGGAUAGGCUUCCAUUUUUGGUUAAAGAAAUUCUUAAAAUUGGCCAGGGCCAUGGACCCUCACCACUGGUGUCAGGGGUUAACACUGAAGAUACAACUGAGAGUGUCUUGACAUCCUUUGAACAUAAUGACUCUCCCCCUUCACUUUUUGUCGAAAACAAAAGAGAUAAGGAGAUUGAGGACUUUCCACGACCCCUUGCCGUAGUUGGAGUCAGUGUUCUGAAACGCAUCCAUGUAACAGAAAUGCUGCAAGAAAUAAGGAAAGCAUUGCAAAAAUGUUGAGAUACAAAUCAAGAAGUGUCAUGAGGAUUGAUGAUUAGAAGUUUGUUACAUACGAAAGGCUCCAUAUCAGGUCUUUUUUGGCCAAGCAACUUGCUCAAUAAUAGCAUGGAGGGUAUAUUACAGUCAAAGGUCAGAUCAUUAUGUACUGCAGCAUUAUGGUCUCAUUCUCUUUAGUGUGUUGAUUUUAGGUUUUUGCUUCCAUAUGAGGCAUUAUGUGUCAACACUUAACGCAGACGCAGUGCCCUCUUAAGCGGUGUCCGGGUAACAUAACUAAUUAUGUUUGUUGAGUUCAGGCUUACCGUUGAUGCUUUCUUCGAAUCAUCGAGUAUUCUGUUGGCCAUUAGUUUAUUUUUGAUGGGUUGAUUAUUUUACAUUCGACCUAUAGAAAAAUGUGGAUGAUGAUGCUAUUCUUGAUCAUUUUUGGUCGGAUUCUUGAAUUGUGCAAUCAGUUGCUUUACUGGUUUUCAUCAAUUUCUUGUACUGAUUCACUCAUGUAUUGAUUGGCGACGUGGGAACAAGUCUUGUAGAGCUAAGAUUUUAUAUAUUUGAUGACGAGUUUUAGAUUUCAAUUUUGGGAUGCUGGUUGGUUUAAUAAAUUAGGAGUUACAGAUUUAUAUAUUAGGAUGUGGUGUUGUUUUAGCAGAAACCUUUCCCUUCUAUUAAGUAUACCGUUAAAUAUGAUAUGAAGUAUGAACUUAUUUACUUUUAUUAUAAUUAUUUUCGUUCUGAAAGUGACAUAUUAGCCUAUUUUGCAACUUGUUAGUCGUUAAACUUUUGGUUCUUAUGAUGGAGAGAACAAGAUGCGGGACCUAGUGCGUGUAACUAAUUUUUGUGUAGCAAGGUGGAGUCUUUUCAUUGUUCAAAAGAGGAUGUUAUGUCAUUAUCACGUAAGCAACAAGAUGAGCUGAGUGUGGUGUGAGAUAUUACAGAGGUUUGAAAUGGUUAUCUCAAAAAGUUAAAGGUGUAGGAUUCAUUUCCAUUUUCAAGUACCGCAUGUUUGAACAUAUUAGUCCUUAAGUUUGAUUUCUAUGAUGAAAAGAUUAAGAGUGCAGGACUUAGUUCGUGCAAAUAAUUUUUGUUUAAGUUAUUUCGCUGUAGAUGGUGUUAUGUCAUAGAAGGAUCUAGUAAUCAAUAAUAUGAGCUUCAGCUUGUUGACAUAGUCUUGAAUUAGUAGCUAUCUCAGAAAUUGAGAUUAAGGGCUCAUUUCAAGUUCUGCAUGAGGUGAUUGUGCAGUGAAUUGUUAUGAAAUUUUCUUGUGAUUCAGGCCUCCUCACCUUUUCUAUUGGUGCUAUAUCAAUUAUCAAGUACUACUAGUUAGUGAUGUCAGUCUUAUACUUACAAAGGAAAGAUUGACUGGUCUGCAAACUGAAGCAUGCUAGGUGGUUCUGAAUAGCAUUUUUGGAAAUCAUCUUCUGUUUGGUGGCUUGGGAAACAGGUUUACUGAGUUGAAUGGGUUUUCUUGUUUCCUUUUUUCCCUUUGUAUGUCUCAGAGCAGGGAAAGUAGGUUGCUUUGUGUUGGAAAUAGUGUGUAAUCUUGCAUUAUUUAACUUGAAGCUGGCAUUAGAGAUGGUUCUAAUAUGAGUUGAAUGAUUAAUGUCAAUACGUUACUUGACAAGGUGAUAAGCUGCUGAAUAUUGAUACUCUUUGAGAACUAGAGUUUAAUUUCUGUGAUUUCCUUGCUUUCUUUAGAAGAGGGGUUUGUUUUGGGUUAAUAUGUCCAUUUUUCAAAGGCUUGCUAGUUGAAUGAUGUGUAAUGUUCUGUCUAUUUGAAGGUAACUUACACAUUUGUGGGUGUUCCUAAUGUAAGUCUAUUGGAUGUAAAAUUUGUAGUCCUUGAGCACACAUUUUUCUGUCAGUUUAAACAUUGAAGAGGGAACAAGAAACAACUAUAAGAUCAAAAGAUGGGCAGUUGUGCUUCAGUUCUCACCCAAGCACUAUAAGGCCUUCAGUUCUCACCCAUGCACACUAAUUAAACUUUUCCAGGAUUUGCCUUGAUAAACACCAAUUUGUGAAAUAAGUCUGUUGAUGAAUUAUGGAACUUUGGUCCAUUGACACAAAACAUAUUAAGCAGCUACUUAUAGCAUUGACAGUUCAAUUGUUCCAUGCAUUGUUUUUGAAAUUUGAAAGGGGCUUAGAUAGGUUAUUUCUGGAAACUGGAUGUCCUUAAUUUGAUGGUUCAAAAACAUGCAUGAUAUCAUAGUUUGAGGACUCUUUUGUUUCAGCUAUAGGUAUUUCAGUAAGACAGUAACUGAUAGUCGAAGACCAAGUCUUGAGGGUUUGAGGCCACAGAGAGCUUAUUUGUUAUGGCUUUUAUCUUGUAUGAAGAUGAAUUCCUCUUGCUAGCCCUUCUAAUACAAUGUUUUUCCUCACUGAAACAGUUGUACUAUAACUUUACCCCUUACAAUUGAGGACAUAUAUUCUUUUGUAGCUUGUUAUUGCUAACCUAUAUAAUUGCCCAUUUUUAUUAUUAUGAAUAGCUCGAUGUCCAUAAU